GUGUAUCGCUUUAUCACACUUUAUCUCUGUCCUAUCUCUUUGCCCUGAGGUAUCUCUCUGCUAGUUACGUUAAGCAGUGCAGAAUGUCUCAGUGUUGAGGCAGCCUAGUCGAGGCGUCGCGUACUGCCUGUCAUUUACGGGAGAAGGAAAAAAAUCCAUAUAGCUGGUGAAGAGCUACUCAAGCAAUUGAGACUAACCAUUAACACACCAAGCACUUAACAGACCAUCCAUCACCAGACCGAAUAUCGUCAACAGCAGUGAUGGUCCCCAAGUGCAAAGUGUGCAGUGAUGCGUAUUCUCCAGGUAAUAAGGAGCCUGUGUCCCUGCAGUGCGGUCACAGCUUCUGCAGGGCCUGCCUCAUGAAGAUCAGGGAGACGGCAGGGGUGCUCAAGUGUCCCACCUGCAGGAAGAUCCACGACCACCCGGCAAUUGAGAACCUCACUGUCAACUACGAUCUCAUGACGGCCAGCGUCACCGCUACCAGGAGCGUAUCCGGCUCAGAUAUCACUUCCAUGGGCUCAUCGCCCCCGCAGAAGGGCGUUAUAGCCAUCGUGGUGAAGGACCUGACUGACCAGCAGUUCCGCCUGCAGAUACAGGUCAAUUCGACGGUCAAGGACCUGAAGAAGGUGCUACAGGCUCAGUACGGCAUUGCUCCUGAGAACACCCGCCUCCUCUUCCGCGGUCGUCGCCUGGAAGACCAGAAAACACUGCAGGACUACAACAUCGCUACUGGAAACAUUAUUCAGAUGUCGACGAAGUAUGUGGGAGGCGGCGAGACCACCACCAGACGAUAGGACUUGAACUAUGUGUUCCUCUGUAUCACCUCAGUGGCCACUUUACCGUACCCCUAACAGUUCAUGCGAUCAGCACCAACGUUAGAAAAACAAGAUAACAGGUGUCUUAAACGCGCCCUUAUCGAACACACCUAAAAAUUUAUGGGCGUCGUAUUUUCCGACUUCCUACCGAACUUACUUUCAGAAAUAUAUUUAUAUAGGCUCAUUUAAAGAUUAAAGAUUCUUUACUUCAGCAUGAUACAAUGUUUGUACAGAAGUGGGUGACAUAUAGGAGUACAUGCAGGAAGCCCCUUAGUAUACAGAGCAUUUGUUUACAUUGAGAUACUCUAUUGACCCCGAGUGAAGACAUUUCGAUUUGCGCAUGUAGGCUUGCUUCUUUGUUAUAGUUCCAUCUUUUCGAUAUCGCAGUAAGCUUUCUUACGAAGUUUCUCAAUAUAUUGUGUUUUUUUUUGGUAAAAGGGAUUGAACAAGUACAUCCAAAAUUGAAUAUCUCGUACUAUGAAGAUCUUUUCACGCUUUAUUCAGUUUUGGAAGUACUGUUUCAGUCAUAUUUGCGAAUAAAUUGGGCUAGGUAGAAGAGUUUUACAAGGGAGCUGACUACAUAUGUAUUGGGCCUGAUCAAGACUGGCCGUCUGCUUGCUGAUAUCAUUUUUUAGUUAUCAUUCUGGUCUACUGUCUUCACUCAGGUAUUGAUAUGGACACUGAUGAGAAGACAAAAAAUGCAGAAGCAGCUCGACUGUAGCUAUGUUUCGCCCUGUGUAGCCAUGAUGAAGCUACUCAGAGGGAACCCUUGUCUCAAUAUAUGUACUGCCCAAUAGUGUGCUCGUUACUGUAGACAGUACGACACUGGGCCCCCUUAGUGACACCAUUGAUCCUCAGUGUUAGUUAUGUAUCAAUGCCUCAGUGUUAUUCACUGCCCUUCACUCUCCCCUAACUCAUCAAUACCUCAGUGUUAUUCACUGCCCUUCACUCCCCUAACUCAUCAAUACUUCAGUGUUAUUCACUGCCCUUCACUCUCCCCUAACUCAUCAAUACCUCAGUGUUAUUCACUGCCCUUCACUCUCCCCUAACUCAUCAAUACCUCAGUGUUAUUCACUGCCCUUCACUCUCCCCUAACUCAUCAA